GAUGGCGAUGAGGAACGGCAAGGAGGCGGUGGUGCGGAUGCUGCUCUCACACGGCGCCAGCGCCAACGCCAACACCGCGGACUCGCAAGGAUUGAGCACCCUGUACCAAGCGGCUCGCUUUGACCAGCUGGACAUCGAGCGCCUGCGACUGGAGGCCGGUGCAGAUCCAAACGUCGCCGAGACGCAGACCGGGAAGACGCCGCUGAUGAGCGCGGUGAGGGAGGGCGAGGAGGCGGUGGUGCGGAUGCUGCUCUCACACGGCGCCAACGUCAACGCCGCGGACCAGCAAGGACGGACCUCCCUGUACCACGCGGCUUGCUCUGGCCAGCUGGACAUCGUGCGCCUGCUACUGGAGGCCGGCACCUCCCUGCACAUGGCGGCUUACUCUGGCAGGCUGGACAUCGUACGCCUGCUACUGGAGGCCGGUGCAGAUCCAAACGUCGCCGAGGCGAAGAGUGGAGUGACGCCCCUGAUGAGGGCGGUGACGGAGGCGAUAGUGCAGAUGCUGCUCUCACACGGCGUCGACGUCAACGCCGGUGCAGAUCCAAACGUUGCCGAGACGCAGACCGGGAAGACGCCGCUGAUGAAGGCCGCCGAAAAAAGGGGGAGUUUCACUGCGUUGCACUACUCUUGUGAUCGACUUCGAACCGAGAUGAUUACUCGCCUCUUGAAACACGGAGCUGACCCGAACCUCGUCGAUUAUAACAAGAGGACGCCGCUCACUAUAAUAGGCAGCCAGGUGAGAAGCCACAGAAUGGGUGAGCGAGCAGCACAAGCGGGGUCAGUGGUACAAGCGGCGUCAGCUCUCCUACAGACGUGCGAGUCCGCCGGCGUACUUCUACAGGUUAACACACGCGACAGCAAGGGCGACACCCCGCUGCACAGCUUUUGUAGGGUGAUACUCGCAUGCAAAGACAAUGUUUACGCGCGAGAGAGGGAGGGGUGCGUGCAGAUAGUGCACGCGCUGCUGUUCAACCACGGCGCACACGUCGACGUGGUGAACGCCCGGGGAGAGACGCCAUACAAACUCUGGCGCCGGAUUUACCCGACGCGUUUCAGCGGCAACGUGGUGUCGAGCGACGAGAUACAUGGCAGAAUGAGCGCACAGUAUUAUUCGCUGAAGUGCUACUGCGCGCGCGUUAUCGUCAGACACAGCGUUGAAUACGAGAACAGGCUGCCUCCGAGUCUUGUAGAAUUUGUCAGGGCACACGCUAGACCAACGUAGGCGACACUAAGCGUGUUAACCGAGGAAGCCCAUGUAGGAUCCGAGAUGCGAUAACCCAGAAGAUAUUAUCAAUAAUUGUUAGAUAUAAGUUCUUAUUGUUGCACGUGUUGGCAGACGUGUUUCAAUUGCAAUGUAAAAUCGAGU